AGCCUGCUGGUGGCAGAUGGAGUAACGGGGAGGAGAGAAGUCCACGUAUUACCAUGCCGAGAUUUGGACCACAUAAACUACAUCCAAAACCUCCUAAUAUACGAAAUUAAUAAUAACAGAGGUGGUUUUGUGAAGAUCUUGGUACGAAGAUGGGGAAACAAUGGGUGGCACUGCUUGUGCUGUUCCUGCAGCUUUUCUGUGGCUGCACAGCGAACCAAAGGAUGGCGAGGGCCACCUCCAUGCAGUUCACUCAUUCUGUUUACAAUUCCACCAUAUAUGAAAACUCCGCUGCUAAGACUUACUUAGAGAGUCACACCAAGAUGGGGAUCUAUAUCACAGACCCAACUUGGGAGAUACGGUACAAAAUAAUCUCUGGAGACAAUGAGAACUUAUUCAAAGCAGAGGACUACGUGCUGGGAGAUUUCAGUUUUUUGCGAAUAAGGACCAAAGGAGGCAGCACUGCCAUUCUGAACCGGGAGGUUAAAGACCACUAUAUGCUAACUGUUAAAGCUUCUGAGAGGAACACCAAUUUCGAGUGUCGCACUAGAGUUAAGGUGCAGGUACUGGACACCAAUGAUCUGAGGCCUCUCUUCUCACCGACAUCCUACAGCAUCUCUCUACCAGAAAACACGGCCAUACGUACAAGUGUAGCCAAGGUCACGGCAACUGAUGCAGAUAUUGGUACAAAUGGAGAAUACUACUACAGUUUCAGAGAGUGGACGGAUAUGUUUGCUGUUCAUCCAACAAGCGGUGUCGUUACACUGACUGGCAAACUUGACUAUUCUGAGACGAAACUGUACGAGUUGGAGAUCCUUGCAGUGGACAGAGGGAUGAAGCUAUAUGGCAGCAGUGGGUUUAGUAGCAUGGCCAAACUGACAGUCAGAGUGGAGCAGGCCAAUGAGCAUGCACCUGUAAUUACUGCAGUGACUUUGACGCCCUCAGAUGCAGAUCACGACCCCACAUAUGCCAUUGUGAUGGUGGAGGACAAAGAUCAGGGACCAAAUGGAGAAAUAGCAUCGCUGAGCAUUGUUGCCGGUGACCCUCUUCAGCAGUUCAAGGCUGUAAGAAGCAGCCCUGGAAGCAAGGAGUAUAAGAUAAAAGCUGUCAAAGAUGUGGACUGGGACAGUCAACCUUUUGGAUACAACCUCACUUUACAGGCAAAGGACAAGGGCACCCCCCCUCAGUUUUCAUCUGCUAAAUUGGUACAUGUAACUUCUGCACAGUUCCAAAAGGGCCCCCCUGUAUUUGAAAAGGCAAUUUACAGAGUCAGUCUGAGUGAAUUUGCCCCUCUACACACACCUGUCACCAUGGUAACAGCUGUGCCAAAGUAUCCACAUUUAAAAUAUGCUUUUAAAUACAGUUCUGACAAAAACAGAUUUACUAUCAAUCCAGAUACUGGCUUAAUCAGCACUGCAGGACCAAUCAAUGCUGAUAUUUCCCCACAGUCUGAGCUGGAAGUGAUUACCAGUGACAAAAAAGCAGCCACAAAAGUGAUUAUUGACGUGAUUGAUGUCAAUAACAAUGCACCUGAAUUCCAGCAGACAUCUUACAAGGCCAGCGUUGAUGAGAAUGUCCCCAUUGGUACCAGUGUGAUUACAGUGAGAGCCACUGAUCUCGACAGAGGGGAAAACGGCUAUGUGACCUACAGCAUUACCAAUCCAAGUCCCCAGCCAUUUGUCAUCGACUACUUCUCCGGUGUCAUCAGCACUUCAGAGGUCCUAGAUUAUGAACUCAUGCCCAGGAUUUACAAUCUCAGAGUCAGGGCAUCAGACUGGGGAUCCCCUUUCCGGAGAGAAGUGGAGGCAUCAGUAACCAUAACUUUAAAUAACCUGAAUGACAACAAGCCUUUGUUUGAAAAUGUAGACUGUGAGGUGACUGUGCCCAGAGAUCACGGCGUGGGAGAGCAGAUAACAACAGCAUCUGCCAUUGAUGCUGAUGAACUGCAGCUAGUGCGGUACAUUAUUAAAGCUGGAAAUGAUCUUGAUCUGUUUGAACUAAAUCCAAACUCAGGCUUGCUUUCACUGAAGCGCACAUUGAGUGAGGGAGAAGCAGCCAAGGUGUCCUUUCACAGUUUACAAAUUGUGGCAACUGAUGGCGAACAUGAGACUCAGCCAAUGAUCAUGAACAUAACUGUCAUCACAGCCCGCAAACCUGUCCAGUUGAAAUGUGUUGAAACUGGUGUGGCGACUAUGUUGGCUGAAAAGCUCCUUCAGGGAAGCAAAAUCCACACGCAAACUGAGCCAGAUGACGACUUCAUGGACAUUCACUCAGUCAAUCGGUACUCUCCUCAGUUUGCAGACUCUUUCCCAAGUGUUAUUGAAGUGAAAGAAGACCUCCCUGUUGGAGCAAGGAUUGCCCAUUUAAGUGCCACAGAUACAGAUAGUGGCUUCAAUGGGAAAUUGGUGUACGUUAUUUCAGGUGGGGAUACAGAAAGCCGCUUCAUAAUUGAUAUGGAAACCGGUUGGCUCUUGAUUUAUUCUCCGCUUGAUCGGGAAACAACAGACCACUACACCCUCAAUAUUACAGUUUAUGAUCUUGGGAUACCACAGAAAUCCUCUUCACGUCUCUUGGAUGUGAAAAUCUUAGACGCCAAUGACAAUAGUCCACAGUUUUUGCAAGAUUCAUACUCAGUUGAAAUAAGUGAGACCACACCUGUUGGGACAGAAAUUAUCCAGGUGGAUUCCACAGACAAGGAUCAAGGUGACAAUGGAAUCGUGAAGUAUUCAAUUUUGGGAGGCACAGAUUAUUUUGCAAUUAAUGAGAUAACCGGUGUUGUGACUGUGAUGAAACCACUGGAUCGUGAGCGCUUUCCAUUCUUUAUCUUGAAGAUUGCGGCACGUGACCAAGCAUUGAGUGAGCCUCAGUUAGUGUCCACGGUGCCUCUUAAAAUCACCUUGGAAGAUGUGAAUGAUAAUCCACCUAAAUUUGUGCCUCCCAAUUACCGUGUGAAGGUGAGGGAGGAUCUUCCUAUAGGUACUGUUAUUAUGUGGCUGGAGGCUCAUGACCCUGAUAUUGGACCUUCCAGCCAGGUACGAUAUAGCCUUAUUGACAACGGAGAUGGUAAAUUUGAAGUGGACAAAAUUAGUGGUGCUCUUCGAAUUGUUCAGAAUCUGGAUUAUGAGGCAAAACAGGUGUAUAACUUGACAGCAAAAGCUAAAGACAAGGGGAAGCCCAUAUCUUUAUCAUCAACCUGCUUCAUUGAAGUGGACGUAGUAGAUGUGAAUGAGAAUCUCUACAGGCCUCUGUUUCGAUCGUUUGUGGAAAAGGGAUUUAUAAAAGAGGAUGCUCUUGUCGGGACGUCUGUGAUGACUGUUUCAGCUGAAGAUGAGGACACAGGACAAGACGGAGAGAUUCGAUAUUCCAUACGAGAUGGAUCUGGCUUAGGAAAAUUUUCCAUUGAUGAGGAAACUGGUGUCAUUCGAACACAAGAGCUUCUGGAUCAUGAAACAACACCUCACUAUUGGCUAACAGUCUACGCUAUGGAUCGCGGUGUGGUGCCCCUUUCUGCUUUUGUUGAUGUCUACAUUGAAGUGCAGGAUGUCAACGACAAUGCACCACAAACCUCCGAACCUGUCUACUAUCCGUCUGUUAUGGAGAACUCUCCAAAAGAUGUGUCAAUCAUCCAGAUAAACGCCGUUGAUCCAGAUGCCAAGGCCAGUGAUAAACUCACCUACAGGAUCACCAGUGGCAAUCCCCAGGGUUUCUUUGCCAUUAACACCAAAACAGGUCUGGUUACAACCACUUCAAGGAAACUGGACAGGGAGCAACAAGAUGAACACAUACUUGAGAUUACCAUUACUGACCAAGGCAUUCCUCCAAAAUCCACCACCGUCCGCGUCAUCGUGCAGGUCCUCGAUGAGAAUGACAACAGGCCAAUGUUCUUGGAAAAGAUCUACAAGAUUCAGCUCCCUGAGCGGGAGAAGCCAGAGAAAGAGAGAGCCAUGAAGAGAGACCCCGUGUAUCGGAUCAUUGCAUCAGACCGCGACAAAGGACCAAAUGCUGAGAUCUCCUACAGCAUCGAGGAGGGAGACGAACAUGGGAAGUUUUUUAUCGAGCCAAAGACUGGUCUAGUUUCAUCCAAGAAGUUCUCUUCUGCUGGAGAAUAUGACAUUCUUACUAUUAAAGCCGUCGACAACGGGCGUCCUCAGAAAUCCUCCACUUGCCGUCUGCACAUAGAGUGGAUCCCUAAACCGGAAGUUCCAGCAGAUGCAGCUCCCCUGCGCUUUGAGGAGUCUCCAUUUAGCUUUUCUGUCAUGGAGAGCGAUCCUGUGGCGCACAUGGUGGGCGUUGUUGCCACUGAGUCGUCUGAUGUUCCCGUAUGGUUUGAAAUCACAGGUGGUAAUUACGACAAUCGCUUUGACGUUGGCAAAGCCAGUGGAACCUUGAUUGUAGCGCGGCCCCUGGACGCUGAGCAGAAAUCAAAUUACAACCUGACGGUGGAAGCCACAGAUGGGACACGAACUGUCAGCACUCAGGUGCUUAUCCGUGUCAUUGACACAAACAACCACAGGCCAGAAUUCCUUCAUCAGGUUUAUGUCACCAAUGUCCCCGAAGACAAACCAGCAGGGACUGAGGUCCUGCAGAUCAGUGCCGUAGACAGAGAUGAGAAAAACAAACUGACUUUUACACUCCUGAGCAGCACUGAUCCCAUCAGCCACAGGAAGUUCCGCCUGGAUGGAGGAACUGGCACUUUGUACACCACUGAGCGACUGGAUCAUGAGACCAUGCAUCGUCACAUCCUCACUGUCAUGGUUAGAGACCAGGACAUUCCAGUGAAGAGGAAUCUUGCACGUGUUAUUGUCAACGUGGAGGACACAAAUGACAACGCACCCUGGUUUAUUGGCACACCUUAUUCUGGACGUGUGUUUGAAUCCGCUGCCAUAGGCUCAGCAGUCCUGCAGGUCACAGCUCUUGACAAAGACAAGGGUUCUAACGCAGAGGUUGUUUACAGCCUCGAAUCAGGAAAUGUUGCAAACUCCUUUGCUAUUGAUCCUAUUCUCGGGACAAUUACAGUGGCCAAAGAACUUGAUCGAAGCAGCAAGACAGCUUUUGAGCUCAUUGUCAAGGCGUCUGAUAAUGGAACUCCCCCACUGUCCACCACCACCACGGUCAACAUCGCAGUAACAGUUUCUGACAAUGCAGCCCCCAGAUUCACUGAAAAGGAGUUCUCUGCAGAAAUCAGUGAAUCAGCCCAUCUAGGAAGCUUUGUGAGCUCCGUCACAGCCGUCAGCCAGUCCUCUGUUUUCUAUCAAAUAAAAGGCGGUAACAUCAACAACGCCUUUGAUAUAAAUCCAAACUCAGGAGUGGUUGUAAUGCAUCAAGCUUUGGAUUAUGAGACCACCUCUCAAUACAAACUCAUUAUACAGGGCACCAACAUGGCUGGACUUUCCAGCAAUGCAACCCUUCUGAUUCAUCUGAAGGAUGAAAAUGAUAAUGCCCCAGUUUUCACCCAGAAGGAAUUCAAAGGAGUAAUCAGCGAGUCGGCCCCCAUCGGUAGCGUCGUUCUGACCCAUGAAAACACUCCUUUUGUUAUCCGAGCCUCUGAUAAUGACUGUGACCAAAAUGCAAGACUCAUUUAUCAAAUAGUUGAACCAUUUGCUCAUAACUAUUUUGCCAUUGACUCAAGCACCGGAGCCAUCAGAACCAUAACAGCUUUGGAUUACGAACAGAGGAGCAUUUUCAGCUUCACAGUUCAGGUCCAUGAUCUAGGUACGCCACGAUUGUUUGCAGAGACGGCGGCCAAUGUGACCAUUGAAGUAAUUGACGUUAAUGACUGCUCACCGGUUUUCAGCCAAGAAGUGUAUGAGGUAGCCAUCAUUGUGCCAACAUACAAAGGGGUAGAAGUAAUCCAAGUCAGUGCUACAGACUCAGACUCAGAGCCUAUCUCCAAACUGCUUUUCUCUAUCUCUGAGGGGAAUAUUGGUGAGAAAUUUAAAAUUGAUCCAACAACAGGCAUUAUUUCUAUUCAGAACGUCACACAGCUCAGGAGCAGAUACGAAUUAAAUGUUAGAGUUUCUGAUGGUAGGUUUGCUGCUGUUGCAACAGUUAAGAUCAGUGUGAAAGAAAACACGGGAAGCAAGAUGAAGUUCACCCAGGAGUCCUACAAAGCCUACAUCCAAGAAAAUUCCUCAGAUGAGAAAACACUAGCAGUCAUUGGGGCUGUUGGGAACCAAGUGAAUGAGCCUGUGUUCUACAGAAUAUUGAACCCUGACAGCAGGUUUAAAAUCAGCCGCACGUCUGGAGUUAUCUCAACAACUGGGAUUCCAUUUGAUCGUGAAGCACAAGACACAUACGAUAUUGUUGUGGAGGUCACUGGUGAAGAGUCAUCUGCAGACACAGCUCAUGUUUUAGUUACUGUGACUGUGGAAGAUGUAAAUGACAACAAUCCCAUGUUCGUAAAUCUUCCCUAUCAUGCUCUGGUCCAGAUGGAUGCAGAGGAAGGCCAGGUCAUCAGACAGGUCACAGCAGUGGAUAAAGAUGUUGGCCCAAAUGCAGAUCUCCGUUAUUACCUAAAGGAGCAUCAGGAACACUUUGAGAUUAGUCUGACUGGUAAAAUCUUGCUCAAAAAGAAAUUUGAAAAAGAGUCACUCAACACAGACUUUCUCAUAGUUGCUGUGGCGGAAGAUAAUGGAAAACCAUCUUUGUCAGCAGAAGUAGAAGUGCCAAUAACAGUGGUGAACAAAGCCAUGCCUGUGUUUGAGAGGCCUUUUUACAGAAUUGAAAUCCCUGAAAACAUUCAGCUGCACUCCCCUGUGCUCCAUGUGCAGGCCACUGACUCUGAGGGCCCUCGCAUUGUGUACACCAUCUCCGAAGGGGAUCCUUUCAAACAGUUCUCAAUUGAUUUCAACACAGGGGUCAUUCAUGUGAUACAGUCUUUAGACUUUGAGAUUCAUCCUGCCUAUAAGUUAAACAUAAGAGCCACCGACUCCCUGACUGGAGCACACUCUGAGGUGUUUGUUGAUAUCAUACUGGAAGAUGUAAAUGAUAAUGCCCCUGUCUUCCUGUCAAAGGCUUACUAUGCUAAUAUUUCUGAGGCCUCUGUAAUUGGUACAUCAGUUUUGCAGGUGGAUGCUAUGGAUUCUGACAAAGGCAAUAACAAGGAAGUAUUCUUUCAGCUGGUUGAGGAAAGAGAAAAGAGUUCUGAUUAUUUUACCAUUGACCGGUACACAGGAAUAAUUUCUACAGCUAAAGUUCUUGAUCACGAAGAGAUCCAGCAACACAAACUGAGAGUCCGUGCGGUGGACGGAGGCGUUCCAGCCCUCUCGAGUGACAUCAUUGUGACAAUAGAUGUUACUGACCUGAAUGACAACGCUCCCAUAUUUACAGAGCAUACUUACAAAACAACCAUCAGCGAAUUAGCCCCACGUGGUCACUUCAUCAGCCAAGUCCAGGCAUCUGACGCUGACAGUUCAGACAUAAACAAGUUGGAGUUCUCAAUUAUAUCUGGAAAUGAAGAGCAGAACUUUGCCAUCAACAAAAAAACCGGUGCCAUCAUUGUUUCUAACCACCGCCGGUCACAUAUGCAGCCAUUUUACAAUCUUAACAUAUCAGUUUCAGAUGGUGUAUUCAGAGGCUCAGCCCUUGUCAUGGUAACAGUUACUGGUGCCAACUUCCACACCCCCACUUUCUCUCAGAUGGAGUAUUUGGUUGAGCUUGUUGAGAACUCACCUGUUGGUACCCUGGUAGCAGAAGCACAGGCCACAGAUGAUGACGAAGGCAUUUAUGGCCAGAUAACAUACCAGAUUGUAAAUGACUUUGCUAAAGAAAAGUUCUCUAUUAAUGAAAAAGGAGAGAUUUUCACUGCUGAAAGCCUUGAUCGUGAAAAUACAGAGGAGAAAGUUAUCCCUAUCUCUUUGCGAGCUCAAGAUGGAGGAGGAAAUGUAGGCUUCUGUACUGUCAAUGUCAUUGUCACAGACACCAAUGAUAAUGCCCCGCAAUUCAGAGCAAUUGAGUACAAAGCCACUAUUGCAUCAAAUGUCCCAAGAGGAACCUCUGUGCUUAAAAUUGCUGCUUCAGACAUGGAUGAGGGGAGUAAUGCUGACAUUGAGUAUUCACUGGAAGCAGAUGUUGAAAAUGUUGCAGAGAAUUUUGAAAUUCACAAAACCUCUGGGGUCAUUGUUACCAAAGAAAGCCUCAUUGGACUUGAAAAUGAACUCUAUGCAUUUUUUGUGAAGGCAAAGGAUACUGGGAAUCCACCCAAACAUUCAGUUGUCCAAGUUUACAUCAGGAUUGUCUCAUCUGAAACUCCAAUUCCCAAAUUUGCUGAACCGCAUUAUCGUUACACUAUUGCAGAGGACCUUCCCAUUGGAACAGAGAUAGAUGUGAUUCAGGCUGAGGGCGAGCAGCCGCUCUUCUACAGCCUCAUGAAAGGGAACACUCCUGAGAGCAACGAGGAUGAUGUGUUUGUUGUAGAUAGAGACAACGGAUCCUUGAAGCUUCAGAAGAGCCUUGACCAUGAGACAACCAAAUGGUAUCAGCUCACUUUGUUUGCCCAAAGCAAAUAUGAAGAUAAUGAGAUAGUUGCAUCUGUAAAUGUGAACAUCCAGGUGAAAGAUGUCAACGAUAACAAGCCAAUCUUUGAGGCAGACCCCUAUGAGGCUGUCACUGCUGAAAACCUUCCAAGUGGGACUCAAGUCAUUCAAGUCAAAGCAACCGACCUCGACUCUGGAACCAACGGCCGUGUCAUCUACAGUCUCGACCCCAAGCAGAACUCGCAGGAGAUCUCUGAGCUGUUUGCUGUUAAUAGUGAAACCGGAUGGUUGACCACCUUAAAAGAGCUGGACCGGGAAAACAUGGACAAAUACACCAUUGCCGUCCUAGCCACAGACCAAGGCAGCACAGUUCAACACGUUACUGGAACCAUGGUGGAGGUAACGGUGGCCGAUGUGAAUGACAACGCGCCGCGCUUCACUGCAGAGAUCUACAAGGGAACAGUCAGUGAAGAUGAUCCUCCACCCAGUGGGGUGAUUGCUAUCCUCAGCACCACAGACGAUGAUUCUGAAGACAUUAAUAAACAAGUGAACUAUUUCAUAACAGGAGGGGACCCUCUCGGCCAAUUUGCCAUCGAACACGUUCAGAAUGAAUGGAAGGUCUCUGUCAGGAAGCCCUUGGACCGAGAAGUAACGGACAAUUAUCUCCUCAACAUUACUGCCAGCGAUGGCAUCUUCAUUGCCAAAGCAGUUGUGGAGGUCAAGGUGCUGGAUGCCAAUGACAAUGACCCAGUUUGCGAAAAGUCUGUCUAUAGUGAAAGUGUCCCAGAGGACUCCCCAGCUGGCAGGCUCAUCUUGCAGGUCUCUGCCACAGAUGCUGACAUCCGCUCAAAUGCCCAAAUCUUUUACGAGCUUCAAGGCAUUGGAUCCGAAUUGUUUAUCAUUGACUCGAACACAGGGGAAUUGAGGACCUUGCAACCCCUGGACCGAGAGGAGCAAGACGAGCACAGGUUUAAAGUGCGAGCGCUGGAUGGAGGAGGUCGCUACUGUGAAUCUGACAUCCACAUCACGGUGGAGGACAUAAAUGACAACUCGCCGCAGUUCUCAUCGGAUCCCUACACCAUCACAGUCUUUGAGAACACAGAGACGGGCACGUUUGUUGCAAAACUGCUGGCAAAUGAUGUUGAUACCGGUCUGAACAGUGACAUCCUCUACUCGUUGGAUGACUCUGCUGAAGGAUUCUUCUCAAUUGACGAGCACACUGGUGUAAUAACCCUGGAGCGUCCUCUGGACCGCGAGGUGCAGUCAGUAUAUGAGCUGAAGGCCCGUGCCAGUGACCAGGGUUCCCUACGUCUUUCCUCUCUCUGCCAAGUGGUGGUCUCCGUCCUGGACAUUAACGACAAUCCACCAGUGUUUGAGCACCGUGAAUACACAGCCACCGUGUCUGAGGAUGUGGCCGUGGGCACUCAGUUGCUCAGAGUGCAGGCAGCCAGCCGUGACGCAGAUGCUAACGGAGAGAUCUCCUACAGCAUCAUCAGCGGGAAUGAGCAUGGCAUGUUCAGCGUCGACUCACGUACUGGUGAUAUCUUUGUGAUUGAGCCAUUGGACUAUGAGGUCUCCCAUGGAUACUAUAUUACCAUAGAGGCUACAGAUGGUGGUUCGCCACCCCUGAGUGACAUGGCCACUGUCAACAUCAACCUGACUGAUGUCAAUGACAACAGGCCUGUUUUUAGCCAAGACGUCUACACGACUGUCAUCAGUGAGGACACUGAGCUUGGGAGGACUGUGCUGACUGUGAUGGCUGAGGAUGCUGACGGGCCUUCCCACAAUCACAUCCGCUACUCCAUUGUGGAUGGUAACCAAGGCAGCCCGUUCACCAUUGAUCUGCUGCGAGGGGAGCUUAAAGUUGCUCGCCAGCUGGACAGAGAAAGAACAUCAGGGUACACUUUGAUGGUGGUCGCCUCAGACAACGGAGUGCCCCCCCUCUCCAGCAGCUCCAUGAUCAACAUCGACAUCUCGGACGUCAACGAUAACCCGCCUCUUUUCUCCCAGGCCAACUACAGCCUCAUCAUCCAGGAGAAUCGACCAAAAGGCACAAGUGUUCUUCAGCUCACUGUAAGCGACCGUGAUGCUUCUCACAACGGCCCACCUUUCACAUUUACCAUUGUGGACGGGAACGAGGGCAAUGCUUUCCACAUCAAUCAGCAGGGAGCUCUGGUGACCGUGGGGGCGCUGAAUAGGAAGAGUAAAGAACACUAUCUGCUGCAAGUUCAGGUGUCAGACAGUGGCAAACCCCAGCUGUUCUCUACCACCUUCAUCAGUGUGCGUAUAAUUGAAGAGAGUGUCUACCCUCCAGCAGUACUACCACUAGACAUUUUCGUCUCUAUUGCUGGCGAUGAAUACCCUGGAGGUGUCCUGGGAAAGAUCCAUGCCACCGACCAAGACAUCUAUGACACUCUCACCUACAGCCUCGCCCCUUCAGCCUCCUCAUCCGCAGACAAGAGCAGUGCCUUGUUUUCAGUUUCAGCCUCCGAUGGUAAAGUUAUUGCCCUGCAGCCGCUCGAUGUGGGCCACUAUCCUCUCAAUGUGACAGUGACCGACGGACGCUUCACAACACCUGCCGACGUCACUGUGCACGUUCGUCAAGCGACUCGCCAGGCCCUGGACAACUCUAUUGCAGUACGCUUUGCAAACAUUGCCCCUGAGGAGUUUAUCGGGGACUACUGGCGCAACUUCCAGCGAGCGCUGAGAAACAUUGCCGGGGUUAGGAGGAGUGAGGUUCAGUUGGUGAGCCUGCAGCCUUCAGAGCAAGGAGAUCUGGAUGUCCUGCUGACACUAGAAAGAUCUGGCAGCCCAUAUCAAUCUCAGGAGGUUGUCUUCCGCAAGCUGAACUCCUCUGCAGCUGUGAUCGAAGAGAUGACGGGGGUAGGCAUCGUGCGGGUGGUGCAGAAGCUCUGUGCUGGUCUUGACUGCCCGUUGCACUUCUGCGAUGAGGUCAUCUCCUUGGAUAAAACUGUUAUGUCCACACACAGCACGUCCCGCCUCAGUUUCGUCACCCCAAAACACCAGAGAACCGCAACCUGCCAGUGUGACGGUGGUAAAUGUCCUGUGUUGAACAACCUGUGUGAGAACAGCCCCUGCCCAGAGGGCAUGGACUGUGUAGCAGAUCCUGAAGAUACUGUGUACAGCUGUGUGUGUCCUGAAGGCAAAAAGGGCAAAUGUUCAGAUGGCCACUCAUUAACAUUUAGCGGAGGUGGUUAUGUGAAGUACCGUCUGAUGGAGAAUGAGAACAAGGAGCUGAUGAAGCUAUCUCUGAGGCUCAGGACUUUCUCCAGCCAUGCUACUGUCAUGUAUGCAAAAGGGACUGACUACAGCAUCCUUGAGAUAGUAAACGGCCGUCUUCAGUACAAGUUUGACUGCGGCAGUGGUCCUGGCCUAGUGUCUGUCCACAGCGCUCAAGUUAACGAUGGGGAGUGGCAUUCUGUCUCUCUGGAGGUAGAUGGUAACUAUGCGAAACUGGUUCUAGACCGGGUGCACGCUGCCUCUGGUACAGCACCGGGCACUCUGCGCACCUUAAACCUCGACAACAGCAUUUACUUUGGUGGUCACAUACGCCAGCACAGCUCCCCUCGCCUUGGUCGCAGCCUGCCUAUUACUAAUGGGCUCCGUGGCUGCAUGGAGGCCAUCGCACUGAAUGGCCAGGAGCUACCACUCAACACCAAAGCUCACCGGGCCCACGCUGUGCUGGAGGACAUUGUGGAUGUGGCACCAGGCUGUGCACUCACACCUGAUGAGAGUUGUUCAAGCAACCCCUGCACCAACGGAGGAAGCUGCACCUCACUGCCUAAUGGAGGCUACUUCUGCAAGUGUCCUGCCUCUUUCAUGGGCACACACUGUGAGAUUGCCAUAAGUCCUUGUGCGUCCAACCCCUGCCUGUACGGUGGCACCUGUGUUCCUCGUGCAGAUGACUUCUACUGCCAGUGCAGAGGGCAGUACUCAGGACAGAGGUGCCAGUUAGGGCCAUACUGCAGAGACAACCCCUGUAAAAACAGUGGAAAGUGUAUCGACAGUCUGGAUGGUCCUGUAUGUGAAUGUGAACCUGGUUUCCAGGGAGACAGGUGUUUGAGUGAUGUAGAUGAGUGCGUCAAGAACCCCUGCGCCAACGGAGGACUGUGCCAGAACACGUACGGCUCCUUCAAGUGUAACUGUUCGCUGGGUUUCAGCGGGCACAUGUGUGAACAACGUGCAGCUGUCCGAAAUGACUUUGUCUCCACCUCCUGGAACAUCGGCUUGGAAGAGGUGAUCGGCAUUGUGGUCUUUGUAUCUAGCAUCUUCAUCCUGGUCCUCCUCUUCAUCAUUAUCCGCAAGAAAGCCUGCCGCAGCAAGUCAAAGAUAGAUGACGAUGACAAACAUCCUGGGAGUUCCAGCAUGCCUCACUCCUUUCUCCAGCGACCUUACUUUGACUCCAAAAUAAACAAGAACAUCUACUCAGACAUCCCUCCUCAGGUGCCCGUGCGUCCCAUCUCCUAUACUCCUAGCAUUCCAAGUGACUCACGGAACAACUUGGACAGAAACUCGUUUGAGGGCUCAGCCAUCCCAGAGCACCCUGAGUUCACCACCUUCAACCCAGAAUCUGUGCAUGGACAUCGCAAGACCGUGGCUGUGUGCAGCGUGGCGCCCAAUCUCCCGCCUCCACCUCCAUCCAACUCUGUCUCUGACAGCGACUCCAUCCAGAAGCCAAACUGGGACUAUGAUUAUGACACUAAAGUGGUGGACUUGGAUCCAUGCCUGACCAAGAAGUCUGUGGAAGACACCGCCUGUCAGCCCUAUAACACCAGAGGCAGCAUGUCUGAGGUCCAGUCCCUCAGCUCCUUUCAAUCCGAGUCCUGUGAUGACAACGCCUCCAUAGUGACAGUAAUCCACCUUGUUAACUCUGUUGUUGACACGGUGGAAGGAGAAGAGUCUUUUUUGGCUCAUGAUCUCAAGAACCCAAGAGGAUAUCACUGGGACACAUCUGAUUGGAUGCCAAGUGUUCAACUUCCUGGAAUACAGGAGUUUCCACAUUAUGAGGUUGUGGAGUCACCCGCCCCUCUGUACAAUGACCCGAGUGCCAUCGACACAGAUUACUAUCCUGGUGGCUUAGACAUAGAGAGUGAUUUCCCGCCACCGCCAGAGGACUUCCCUGCAAACGAUGACCUGCCGCCUCUGCCAGAGUACAGCGACCGAUGCGACACACUGCGACCCGUCGGCAGAGAUUUGGACGCGUCUGGUUCAGGCAAUUCCAGCGCAGUCCGCCAGCGUCCGGCGCUGCCCCAGCUCUACAGCCUUAACCAGUAUCUGCCGCAUCACUCCUACCCAAGUGAAGGGGGCGACACUGAGGGACAGGGUGCUACCUCCACCUCUGCAACCAUUACCCCUGCUUCCACCAUGGGCACUAGUGAUUACAGAGGAGGCUAUCCUUUAGGUUGUAGUCGGGACUUUGACUCCUCAGCUCUGGACAACAUGUCCAUGUCUCUGUACACAUCCACAGCCUCUUGCUCGGACAUGUCGGCGUGCUGCGAGGAGUCUGAGGUGAUGAUAAGCGACUACGAGAGCGGUGAUGAGGGCCACUUCGAACGGCUGGCCAUCCCGGCGCUGGACUCCCAACAGCACACUGAAGUCUGACACUGGAUCCAAACAAAAGUGCCUGAACCCACAGCUACACCUUAUGGUAGCCUUUAAAACACCACAACACUAAACACACACAGUACGUGGACACAAAACAGCAUGACACACAUACGGUACGGUACAUGUACAGGGGUUGAGACUAAGGGUCAGAGAAAAUAAGAAGUACAUAAGUGAUUCUGUAACCUCUUCACAUCUUGGUUCAACUCCUGCACCUUUGAGUCGGUGGUACUGUUGCUUUAAGGGGGACCUAUUAUGCUGUCAUCUAUUUUCCACCAUAAUAUCACAUAUUUAUAUAGAAUAAGGUCUAAGUUUUAAAGAAUGAAGCAAAUCAAUGUAAAAGUAAUCCCUGGGAGCCAGAAACUCAGGCUUCAGACUUCUUUAACAAUUUUUCUACAUUAAUGCUGAGCUCACGUAAGCGGUGAGGAAUUUCCUAAUAAUGUCAUCUACUCCAGCACACCCACAAAGUCUAACUACUCUUCAUAAAUAUAUACGUGUUUUCAUAAGGAAUACUACUUGAGCAGUUAUGUAGAUGUUUAUGUAAUGCAGUAUUCAAACACAGCAGAAUAACACCUGCUUGCUACAGUACUGUUGGCAUUUAAUAACAGCAGAUGCAGUUAAAUUAUUUUCUUAAUGUUGUGAUUGAAAGACUAAAUUCAUCAUUAUACAAAACAAAAAUCAGGAAAUGAGUGUUAAAAAAGGCCAAACUGAGGAUUGUAAUCUGUAGCUGUUUGUUCAGUCAACUCUUAUAUUAAUGUAGCUGCUGCUACUGGGUCCAGUUUACAGUCAGUCUCUUCACACCAGCAAGAAGACGAGCUGAUCACAAUUAAAGGCUUUCACACAGUCCAUCAAUCAGAAGACGGUGAGCUGUCAGUGGAGUGGGUUAAAACACAGCUAAACAGAUUUAUUUCACAGGAUGAAGAAAGUAAUUGCAUAAAGGAUUAGUGUGACUGAAUCAUGCAAAGCAGUUCUAGUGGCAUCCCAGAAUAAGAAUAUAGAUUUGGGAAAAAAAAUAAGCAUAAUUUGUCCCCUUUAAGUAACUUUAAUCUCAAACAGGAAGUGGAUUUUUCUGAAGGAUCAGCAUUUCAGUGUACAACAAAAAUAUAUGUGUAUCAUGAAAAAAAAUCUUGUUUCUAUAAACAAAACCAAGAAAAAUGUUUUUAUAAAAGUCUUCAUUUUCAGUGUAAAUUUAAAUGUACAGUUUGAUUUUAAAAGGUUACUAGGUUUUGUAGAUAUUCUAUGCUUUUCUUUUCAAUGAAAAAAAGAGUUAAAUGGUGUGACAUCAGCCUUACUGUGCUUACAUUCACUAAAAACAAACUAAAAAAAAAAGAAGAGCGUGGCUUUUCUGAACAGUGUACUCGUUAAGUUUAUCGUCUCUUGCUCAUUUCAAAAAGGGUCUUCAAUGAACGACUGCAUAUUCUUGUGUUUUUUGUUUUUUUGUUUUCAUUUGUUUGUACAUUUUGACUUUGGAACCUCUUUAUUUUUCCACCAAGAUAAUGGGACCCAAUAUAUUUAUAGUGCAGAGUUAUCCAUGGACACGUGACUUUUCAGGUGUCUGUGUGUGUCUGAGCAACGCUAUGGUCUUGUUAAGGUUUUUAUUGAAUACUGCCACAAGCUCACGCUUUCCUACUGGCAAUAAAUUAUUCCUAAAAAAUA